AUGGGCACGACGAACGACGAUACUCCGCUGCUCACUUUUGCCAAUAAUCCCACGGUCUACAACACAACCGGAGCGCAAAUUCUCACCACGGAUACCCAAUUCAUCGUUGCCAGUGUCUCGAAGCUCUUCACGGCUUACGCUAUGAAGCUGCUAUCUAACAAAGUUGCCCCCACCGAUCGUGUCACCAAAUUUAUCCCUGAACUGCUGCAUCUCAAGGGUCAGCCCGUGCGAUACGACGGCAUCGCUUCUACAAAUUGGAGCAGUAUCUCCAUCGAGGCACUCCUCACUCAUCUAUCAGGCAUCACGAGCGACCUGGGCGAUUCAGAUAUCGACAAUACACCUGGCAAUCACAGUGCGCUCGGCCUCCCACCGCAUGAUGCCACCGACAGUGGCACCCAGUGCGGCGCCGCCUCCAAUCCUUAUCAACGAGCUUGCACCGAGGCGGACUUCCUUAACGACUGGGGUAGGAAGUUCCCUGUAUACGCUCCCUACACGACACUUGUUUACUCUAACAUGGGUUUCGCGAUCCUUGGUCUUGUGAUCGGAAGAGUCACGGGGUCAUCCUAUGCGCAGUUUAUGCAGAAAGCUGUCUUCGAUCCUUUGGGUUUGGAUCAUAGCUCCGUCGACCAUCCUCUGAAUCUAAAUGGGACUUUCAUCACACAGCAGACUGCCGAUGGUGAUCUUUCUGAAGGCUUCCUAGCACCCUCCGGUGCCAUCUACUCCACCUCCUCCGAUCUCUACAACUUCGGCCGCAGCAUCUUAGCAAGCAAGCAGCUUCCAUCAACCACUACUCGUGCCUGGCUCAAGCCAAAAGCUUUCACCUCUUCGGCUGGUACAUUUGUAGGUGAAGUCUGGGAAAUUGCCGCGGGCACAGAUCUCACGGCCGCGAGCGAUGGUCAUAUCGUCCACGUGUAUACGAAGGGCGGCAACUUGAAUCUGUACAGCUCUAUCAUUGCACUCGUACCAGACUACGACUUCGCUUUUGCGCUUACGAGUGCGGGAUCCGAGACGGGCUCGGGGACUGUUGAGGCAGCUUCGAGUCAGGUUCUUGAUGCGAUCGUGCCUGCUCUCGAGGCAGCGAACAAGGCUGCGGCGAAGGAGAGGUUUGCUGGCACAUAUUCUGCAGGUGGAAACAGAAUCACUCUUCCUGUUGAUGAGGAACCUGGUCUGCUCGUCACAAAGUUCUCCGUCAAUGGGGUUGAGAGUGUCAUCGACGCUGUCGGCGAGUUCACGGCGAACGCAUCGCCUGGGCAAACAGAGUUGCGUUUGUACCCCACGGAUCUUGCAGAAGGUGCUACGAUGGCUUGGCAGGGAGUAUUUGAUUCAAUCCCUGCGGAUGUGGCGGAGGUAGAGAAUCAAGCAUUCUUUUGGGCAGACGCUACUUGUCAGAGUUGGUCGGAGUUGACCACCAACAGUUAUGGCUUGGCACCGUUGGAUCAGUUCCUGCUGACUGCUACAGUAAUGGCGAUGGGAGGGAUGUGGAGGUCACUGCUCGGGCUUGGCGGACUACUAUGA